AUGGUGUCUUCCGUACAGAUGUGUCGGCCGUCGACCAGAGGUUACCGACGAAACGGUCGUAAGUAUCGGAUCAGCGAUUCGUUGGACGCGAAGUAUGCGUCCAUUUAUUGUCCGAAACACGGCUUCAAAUCGAUUGACUCCCAAUUGGAUCGCUUCCGACGCCUCGAGUCCAUCGAGCAAUACCUCAACGAACGGAUCCGUCGCGCGAACCCAGACCUCAACGACCCGAUGAUGGCCUCCGACGCCAGCGAUGACUACGAAGACAUCGACGACAACGACAUGGAGUACGAGUUGGAGUUGAAUGCGAGACACAAUCCGCACAAUCGGUGCAAUAGUUACGGCCCGAGCGAUGGCCACCACUCGGACGGCCAGCACUCGAUGGGUCGUCUCUCGCCGGACGCCGGCUUCGUUGCCAAACUGUUCAACUGUUGCCUUCAGUUCUGGUAUUGUCUGAGUGUUAACCAAACCUAUAAGGAAGCGAUGAGAAGACGCCGUGUGAGAGGUCAGGGCCUGACGGCCGCCAACAGUGUGUCUCUGAUCGACAAAACCGCUCGUAUUUUAUUCCCAUUCGUUUGGAUUCUAUUGAAUCUCUUUUAUUGGGUUUUCCUCAUCAUUGAGAGGAACAGCGAGUUUAAGAUGUGGUCUAAUUAUUGA